CAAAAAAAAAAAAAAACCUAAAUCAGACACGUAAUAAAAGUCACAAACUCAGAACUCAGAGAGAGACAGAGAGAGUAAUUUCACAUUCAGAUUUCAUUAAUGUCAACACGAACUCAUCAUCUUCAUCUUCCUCAAAUCUUCCAUCUCUCUCUUUCUCUCUCUCAUCACUGACUCCACUCCAUCAUCCCAAUGGGCCGCAACUCAGCGAGUCCCGACCACGAUUCCUCCGGCGACGACGACACUUUCCCCGCCUCCGCCGGCGGUGGCGGCGGCAAAGGCGGCGGCCUAGGGCUCCGCUCGAUCCGCGACCGCAUUCGCUUCAAGCGCAACCCUAACCCCUCCACCACAACCUCUUCUAAUCGCGCCAAAACGGCGUCGUCCGCGGAUCGGCAGUGGCGUGCCGGCCACGGCAGAUCGCACCACCACGGCCGAUCGGCGGCUCGCCGGUUCCUCCUCUUUCCUUUCAGAGGCAGCUCCUUGUUCUACUUCUGCUUAUUGUUUGCCGUUUUUGCCUUCGCCUUGGCUUCCAUGGUGCUUCAGAGCUCGAUCGCGUCGGUGUUCCGAACCGGGACUGAGAGAGGGAGGUCGGUCCGUGAGGGGUUGAAGUUCGGGAGUUCGUUGAAGUUCGUGCCCUGGCGGGUGCGGCGAGGACUCGGUCUCGAUCGGUUGCGGAGCGAGCUCAGGAUUGGUGUUCGCCCUCCCAGAAUUGCACUUAUCUUGGGAAACAUGAAGAAAGAUCCAGCGUCGUUGAUGCUGUCUACUGUUACAAAUAAACUGCACGAGCUUGGCUAUGUGCUUAAGAUUUAUGCAGUAGACGAUGGUAAAGCGCGUUCUAUGUGGGAGGAAAUAGGAGGUCAAAUCUCAAUCCUAAGUCCUGACAGAUAUGGCCAUAUUGAUUGGUCAAUCUUUGAAGGUAUUAUUGUAAAUUCACUUGAAGCAAAAGAUGCUAUUUCAAGCCUUAUGCAGGAGCCUUUUUGUUCUGUACCACUUAUAUGGAUAAUUCAAGAAGAUACCCUUGCAAAUCGCCUUCCGGUGUAUGAGGAUAUGGGCUGGGAACAUCUUAUUUCGCACUGGAAAAAAGUUUUUAGCCGAGCUGAUGUUAUCGUGUUUCCAGAUUUUUCUUUACCGAUGUUAUAUAGUGUGCUUGACAUGGGAAACUUCUUUGUGAUUCCUGGAUCACCAAUAGAUGUGUGGGCUGCAGAAAGCUACAGUAAGACCCACUCCAAAAUUCAGUUGAGGAUGGACAAUGGGUUCAGUAAAGAUGAUAUACUGGUUCUAGUUGUUGGAAGUUCUUUCUUUUACAAUGAGCUAUCUUGGGACUAUGCAGUGGCAAUGCAUGACAUAGGACCUCUUCUAAUCAAAUAUGCAAGUGAAAAAGACUCCAUAGGGGCAUUUAAAUUUCUCUUCUUGUGUGGAAACUCCACUGAUGGAUACAGUGAUGCUUUACAGGAAAUUGCUACACAUUUAGGACUCCACCGUGGUACAAUAAGGCACUAUGGCGUGAAUGGUGAUGUGAAUGGUCUGUUAUUAAUGGCUGAUAUUGUUCUGUAUGGUUCCUCCCAAGAUGAACAGGGUUUUCCUCCAUUACUUACACGAGCCAUGUCAUUUGCGAUCCCCGUUAUUGCACCUGACUACCCUGUCAUAAAAAAAUAUGUUGUUGAUGGUGUUCAUGGGAUGAUUUAUCCAAAACAUAAGCCUGAUGCAUUGAUGAGAGCUUUCUCACUUUUGAUAUCAAAAGGAAAACUCUCUAAAUUUGCUCAUGUUGUGGCUUCCUCUGGAAGGCUGUUGGCUAAGAACAUGCAGGCAUCAGAUUGCAUUGCUGGCUAUGCAAAACUUUUGGAGAAUGUCCUCACUUUCCCAUCAGAUACCCUGCUCCCAGGUCAGAUAUCUCAGCUCAAACAAGGUGCAUGGGAAUGGAAUUUGUUCAGGGAGCAGAGAGGUAUUGACCUGGGAAGUAUGGACCAGAUUUACAUGAAAAAUUCUAGUGUUGUUUAUGUGCUUGAGGAAGAGUUGACCAACCUUAUUGAUUUAAGGAAUGCCUCUGAGAGUGAACCCAAGGAUCUGGUGCAGGACAUUCCAACUGAACUAGAUUGGGACAUCUUAAUGGAGAUAGAAAACUCUGAAGAGGUUGAAAGGCUUGAAAUGGAGGAGAGUGAAGAAAGAAUGGAGAAAGAUUCUGGUGCAUGGAACGAGAUAUAUCGCAAUGCUCGAAAAGCUGAAAAAAUUAAGUUUGAAGGAAAUGAAAGGGAUGAAGGAGAGCUAGAAAGGGUGGGUCAGCUACUAUGCAUAUAUGAAGUAUAUGAUGGAGCUGGGGCGUGGCCAUAUUUACACCAUGGUUCUUUGUAUCGUGGGCUAAGUCUUUCCACAUCAGUGCGAAGAUUGAGAUCGGAUGAUGUGGAUGCAGUUGGACGGCUUCCCCUCUUAAAUGACUCAUACUAUCGGGAUAUUCUGUGUGAGAUUGGAGGCAUGUUUGCUAUUGCUAAUUGUGUGGAUAACAUUCACAAGCGACCGUGGAUUGGAUUCCAGUCGUGGCAUGCUGCUGGCAGGAAGGUUUCAUUGUCGACUAAUGCUGAAAAUGUUCUGGAAGAAACAACACAAGAGGAAACUAAAGGAGAUGUAAUAUACUUUUGGGCACACUUGGACAUGGAUGGUGGACUUUCGAGAAAUAAUGAUGUGCUUACUUUUUGGUCCAUGUGUGACAUCCUAAAUGGAGGAAACUGCCGAACUACCUUUGAAUAUGCCUUCCGCCGUAUGUAUGCUUUGCCAUCACUUGACGCUCUUCCACCCAUGCCUGAAGAUGGUGGUCACUGGUCUGCUCUGCACAGCUGGGUGAUGCCAACCCCUUCCUUUCUAGAGUUCGUAAUGUUUUCCAGGAUGUUUGCUGAUUCUCUCAAUGGCUUGCACACAAAUUCAAGCAAAAUCACAACUUGUCUUUUGGGCUCCACAAAUCUGGAGAAAAAGCAUUGUUAUUGCCGGAUUUUGGAACUCUUGGUCAAUGUUUGGGCAUAUCAUAGUGCCCGGAAGAUGGUUUACAUUGAUCCACGCUCAGGUGCAUUACAAGAGCAACAUCCAAUUGCACAACGGAAGGGAUAUAUGUGGGCAAAGUACUUCAAUUCUACUUUAUUGAAGAGUAUGGACGAAGAUCUAGCAGAGGCUGCAGAUGACUAUCCAAACGAGACAUGGUUGUGGCCGUUAACUGGAGAAGUAUAUUGGCAAGGCGUUUAUGACAGAGAGAGAGAAGAGAGGUAUCGACUAAAGAUGGACAAGAAGAGGAAAACAAAGGAGAAAUUAUUUGACAGAAUGCAACAUGGAUACAGACAGAAGUCACUCGGAGGAUAGGAAAAGCUUAAAUGUCAGCUUAAAAGGUUGAUUCUAUUGAUGAAAUAUGCUUGACUCCUAACAUAGCAACCCAACCAAUUUUUGGUUAUUGAUUAAAACAAUAGGGAAAAGGCUUGUACAGAUGAAGCGGAGCUCGAUUCUUUCCAACGUCAUCAAGAUUUUUGACUGAUAGAAGCUCCUGAUAGCAUACUUCUAGGAGUGGAGAACAUAACCGGAGAUCGCUAGCAAGUCGAGUUCACUAGCAUUUUGAAGACUUCUUGCUCUGAUAUUUAUAGCGGCUCUGAACACAUACUACGAGAUUUGAUGUGCACCCAAUUUUAAUUAAUUAAAUUAUUAUUUUUCGGUAAUUGAAAACAUGAUGCAGGCAAUGUAUUCUUUCAUCCAUGUAUAUACCUAUGGAAUAACAAAUACAAUUUUGAUUGGUAUACCAAAGUGGCUUCAUGCUUGGUUGGUGUC